AUGAAUUUGGACAACGAUAUCCAGAGGAAGAAAUUCUCCACGCUUUUGGUAGCUGAUAACGUGGAAGACGAAUCGCAGAUGGAUUCGGCUCUUCACGGUGAACUUGCUGCGAAGAUCGUGGAACAAAUUUUCGACCAGAUACAAAAGAACGAGGAUCUGAAGGUAUCGUUGGGCCCAGGUCUUUAUCAUAAACACAAAACUAGAGACACCAUGGCAGCUGAUAAAUCGUAUCGUCAGACCAACAAUGACGACGAGAUCAAACAUACGCAAGAGUUGUUGAACAAGAUCAUGCUGCUUCUUAAUCGACUGAUCUUCGACGAGGUUCAGAGAAAGACUUGCAUUUCUCUGCCAUCCGAUUUGCUCGAGUUCUUGGACUGGAUGUUGGAAGUGCAUCCGCAAACAAAUUUAUUAGAACAAGUAACGCGUAUUCUAUUCGGAUCUGACUUUACAAGUUAA